UAAAAUAUCUUCCAACUGAUCCACCAGCUAAACGAACCAAAGCAAUCAAACCUAUAUUUGCCAUUCAUGCUGAAAAUGAGGAUCCAUUCUGGAAGGACUGUAUAGAGAAAUAUUUUGCUCGACCAAGGCAUUCUAUAUUUGAGAAUCUGAUAUAUCCUGAGUAUUUUAAAAAAUUUAAUUUAGUCACAAAAUAUCCUGGUUUAUCAUCCAGGAAUACUAAUGGAGAAGCAUGCAGGCAGGUCUAUCAGGAUGAGUUCAAUAAUUUUGUUGUAGAAAGGAGAAAGCCAAUAGUUGUACAGUUCCACUUUUUGAAAGUUCAAGAUGGAGAACAAUUCUUUUAUCAACAACUACUGCUAACUUUACCAUGCAGAAUUGAAGAAGAUUUAAAGGGAG